AGCGCAAGAGACUGAUUGAUGAGCAAGUGUUGCUGCAAGUUUUGAACAGGGGACUCUCCAAAUUAACACCGGAAGACAUUUGUUUGUUCGUUUUUAUUUAAAUGCACUUUUCCUUGCAUAAGAUGGAAUGAGGAACCCACAAAUAAUUGAUGUAGUUUACUUGGCAACAUAUGUGUGUUUGUGUGCGAUUAUUGACCAGCGACACGGGCAUUUUUUUUUUGUAAACUUCUUCACAAAUCUAAAAUCUCCAUUUUCUCUUCAAACUUAAACGGGCUUAACACAAGUGAAAGCAAGAACUUCUCCACCCAGUCAUUAUAAAUUACGCAUGGAGCUUUACAUUGUAACUGUUGGGUUGAUUGAGUGUUGAAUUUUAAAUUUCUAAAUUGAGAACCUGGGUGUCGGCAGGACACGGAAGUAAGAAGACCGGUUCUGUCUGAGAUACCCACCUGUCGGAGGAGAGACGAGGAGGGAUGGACGAUAGGGGUAAACUGACCCUCCUCCUUCUACUGAUUGUGGCCCAAGGAGAGAGUUUGCUGGAAUCACCAGAUCAAUUAACCUGGGUCGAGGCCCAGAUAUUCUGUAGGGACCGCAACUCUACUCUAAUCCCGGGGACCAAGGAAGGAUUCCCCACCCCCCACUGGACAGGACUUUACCACCGCCUCUCGGACUGGAUACACGUGCUGGGUUGUUAUGAGAGGGAGGCUGUUAUGGACCUCUUGGUCCUGUCCAACCACACCCUGGAUAGAGGGUCUGUAGGGCUUUGUCAGGAGAGGUGCGGAUCUAAAAGUUUCGCUUUGAAGAACAUCACGUGUCUGUGUCUUCGAGACGUUGUCCAGGUAGAAGGCGUGUCAACCACGCGCUGCAAUUGGAACUGUUCCCAUGACGACGACAGUCACGUGAAUGACUGCGGAGGACGCGACACCUACAAUGUCUACAAAGUAACACCGAGGGAUGAUAGAUUUCCAAGUGGGAGAACAGUAAAUUGUGUGGUGUUGGGAUGCUACGAACAGUAUUGGCAGAUUCAUACCGAUAACUGCACUGAGGACUUGGGUCGGGUGUGUAAGUCAGAAGUGGGUACCAAUAAAACAAUUGCCCCCGACGAGAAGAAUUUUAAAUCAUGGAGCCAGACAUACGCGGAAUGUCGGGACACCGGCGGUUAUUUAUACGGCAACCUCAGUCUGUUCGAGAACUCCCGAGCGCUGUGUACCAGACUGUACGACAUGAAAAGCAACACCCCAGAGACCUGGCUUGGAGUUGCCAGACAAAUCUUCCUGACCAAGGACAGAGGGGAGCAGUUAACGGAGGAUCUUGUAAUAGACUGUCAUAUUUGUCUUGGACAGGGGGGAUGUUCAUACGAAGACAUGUGCAACAGCAAUUCAGUUAAAGCCACCGCUCUCUGUGGAAAUGAGAGCGACCUCCUGUCACAAACAGAAGUUACACCCCGGGCCAGAACAGACAGCUCAGAUGGAGAUACGGAGCUGGUUAUCGCAAUCACGGUCCCAAUUGUAAUUCUAGGAAUCCUGUUCGCAGUUAUCGGGGUGGUAUGUAUCAGGAGGCGGAAAAAGGAACAGGAGGAACGAGAGGAUGUCCCUCGGAAAAAGUACGAGGACAACAUUUUGUUUGAAAGUGCCCAGAGCAAGGGUUCUCUCACGAAAGAGAAUGGUAAUGGUGAAACCGUUCAGCCCGAAUCUCCACAGACUGGGGCGAAGCCUAAAUAUGUCACUAAUGGAAUUGAGUCGACGUACGCUAACCUGACGAAUGGCGCUGACAAUAAACCGGAAAGAGAACGAGUAGCUGAAGACUCUUCCGGUGUCAAUUCUGAUGUUGUGGAUGUAGAACCGGCACUGAAUAGUGAUAUCAAACUACAGUAUACUGUUCAAAUACCCACAGAGAACAAUACAGACAAUAAAGAAAAUACUGAAUAUAUGAAUAGUGAUAUCAAACUACAGCCUACUGUGCAAAUACCCCCAGAGAACAAGGCAGACAAGGAAGAAAGUACUGAAAAUAUCAAUAGUGAUAUUAGCAAUGCCAAUGAAGAAAUGCCAGAAAUGACACAGAUAGCCUCGCUGAAUAAGGAAAACGAACCCGAAGAUAAUUCUAAUGAUACUAAAGAAAAUAGCGAAUCCAAAGAGAUUACAAUUAGUGACAGUGAACUAAUUAACAAACAGAGAGAAGAAUCCGUCCCUCUGGAUAAUUCAACUGAAAAAACUAACAUGACCAAGACAAACCUGAACGCGCCACGUGAUACCACCAACACUAACCAAGCGAAGGAUUCUGGGAUCAGACUUCCGUUGAUCAAAGCAAAUAGCGCCCUCUUGCAAACAACUGCCAAAGGUAGCGAGAAGAAAAAUGUGUCGAUAAUUCAAGUAACCAAAAUCUGAAUUUUCUCUUCAACAUUUUAUUCAUUCAGUCCAGCUUUAAGAAAGUGUUCAAAUGUCGAGAUGCUCAUUUGGGUGUGAUACUGUCUUUGACGUUGUUUAGACAAGUUGAUUGGUUCCAAAAUUGAUGACUUUAUAAUUUUGAAUUCAUAAAAUUUUUAAUCAAGUUAAGAGAUUUAAUUAAGUUCUAAAAGUAAAUUGUGAAAAAAAAUGUAAUGUAUUUGUGUGUCUAAACUUGCAGAUUUGCAAGUAUUGAUAUUUUGAUUAAUUUCGUAUUUAGAUUUUGUGAGUAUACUCGGAAGAUAUUUUUUAUAUAUACAUGCAUAAAUAUUUACGCUUGUUAAGACGGUAUGAAUAUAAUCAUAAAGCAUUUUUAAAACUUCUUUCUAUUAUCCGAGUGAUAUUCAGUAUCAUCCAUUACUAUCUGUAUAUAUAUAUAUGUAUCUGUGAAAUGACGAUAAUAAAACGUGAGGCAUGA